ACCAGGAACCCUCAGAGCCCGGAACUGUUAUCGCGCAGGGGUCGCGUUUCCCGGAGGACUCAAGCGAGCGUUGCACAAACUCGCCGGAAGUGGAGAGGAAAGACCGGCGGCUUUUGUUUACCCCAUACCGGAAGCAGACCGGAAGGGACCCCCCCUGCGCGCACGUGUCCUUCCCUGCUCGCUCGGCGGACCGAAAACAUGAAACUCCUGACCCACAACAUGCUCACUUCUCACGUGCGGGGCGUGCGAGCCGGAGGAGGGUUUCCCCUUCUCAUAAAGGCUACAGAGGUGAAGGUGAACAACAUCGACUUCAACCCGGAGUUCACGGCACGGAUGGUGCCCAAAAUAGAAUGGGCAGCUCUGGUGGGCGCUGCAGAAAGUUUGGGUCACCGGUCAGACCUUCCGUCGGAGCUCAUCCCCGAUUAUGAGCAAAAUGAAGAUUUCCUUCGGAAAGUGCAUCAUGUCUUGAUGGAGGUGGAGGUGAUCGAAGGGGUCUUGAAGUGUCCGGAUACUGGGCGGGAAUUCCCCAUUGCCAAGGGCAUCCCGAAUAUGCUGCUGAGCGAAGACGAGACGUGAGCUGCCCUACUAUCAAAACGGCGCUAGAACGAGUCCAGAGGGACGGAGGAGAAACAGUUUAUCUCCCUGCCACGGUUUUUUUGCAUUAUUGUUUGUUUUGUGUCUGUAAAUAAAUCUGAAUGCUUGAAACGGA